AUGGUGGGCGAUUUCAACUCCAGAGAAGGGAAAGCUUCCAGUAGAGGACAGGCGAUCGGGCAGCACGGAGAAGACAAAGUGAAUGACAACGGAGUGAGGAUGCUUGAAUUCUUGGCAAGUAACGAACUGAUGGUGUUGAACGGUAGGAGGGAAUGCGAUAAGCCGGAGUUCACCAGGCAACGGGCAGUUUGCAAUAAAUACUCAAUCCUUGACUACAUCCUGGUAGAUAGGGGGAGCACGCAGAUCCCAGAGCUGCACGUAAGUGCGACANUAGUGGGAGUAUUGGAGAAGGAACAUAGCAUUAGUGAGGGCCAGGCAGGUUUCCGAAAGAAUAGGGGGUGCGUAGACCACUUAUUCACGGUAGGGAGAAUCAUCCAAGGUAGGAGGGGUAGGAGGAGGGCGGGAAAGCCGACGUACUGCUUCUUCCUGAACGUGAAAAAGGCAUACGACACCGUGUGGAGAAAUGGGUUAUGGAAACAACUGUCCAAAUACGGGAUCAAGGGGAAAAUGUGGAGAGUGCUGAAGAAGAUGACAGAGUGCACGAAAAGCGCGGUCAAACUAGACGGAGAACUGUCAAAAUUCUUCGACAUUGAGCAGGGGGUCCCACAAGGUUGCACGCUGUCCCCAACAUUGUUCCAGGUGUUCAUCAACGAUCUGUUGGAAGUCGUAGAGGCAGUCNAACAUAGAUGGAAGUGGGGGAUCGAGGAGAUUGCAGUAGUGGACCAGUACACGUACCUCGGAGUACAGAUCGCAAAAGAGUGCUCGUGGAAUG